AAUCAUCCCUCACUGACGUAAUCCCUGUUUGGACUGAGAGGGUGGCGCUGCAGGUUAACCCACGAAGACCAGGUGGGUCGAUACUAAGUUAGGUAACGAAAGUUAACCGCUCACAGCUCCUGUCAACAUAUGAGGCCACUCAUAUAUGAAGCCGAAACGACAUGUACCCUGUGGAUUUUCCAUCUGUGGAAGACACAGACCUCACAAUUGCAGCUGAACAAUACAUGUCAUCGCUGGUGUCAGGACGUCCUAAUAAUGAGUGGUUUGAAUUACCACAGACCCCAAAGUGUCCGUCUGCUCAGGUGGCAAUAACAGCAAACAAUGUGAGGUACCUGCAGCUGUUUGACGAUGGCCAACCUCAGUGUGCAGUGGUGGCACUUCACGCCCCCAAUGAUCCAGCAAAAGUGCUGGCUUUAUACCUGCAUGACAAGUGGUGGAGUGUGGAUGAAGUAUUACGAACUUCCAACAACAGCAGAAGUGGCCUGGUUUUGGUCCAGGCGACUACGGAGAGGCUGAUCGUGUUUCUGCUCAGUCAGGUUGUGGAGAGGUCUUCAAAGGAGAAGGGGCAGUUCUCCUUGCAUCCACGCACAGAGAACAUCAAGUUGUUGUGGAGAGACGGCCAGGCUGUCGGUUUCUACACCACCAAGCGCAAAGGCAGCCUGUGUGACAGCUGGAGUGGUCACUGCUACCCACUGUCCAUUCUGGACACAGUGCUGGUGAGGAGCAGUUGGAGGAGAAGAGGCCUCGGCCUUCAGAUGCUGGAGGAUUUUUGCUCCUCGUUCCCUACAGAAGAGUUCCUGGGACUCAGCUCUCCGUUAUCACCCAGCAUGGUGGCAGUGUGCAGAAGAUUCCUCCAGCAGCACGAGGAUCUUCAGCAGCGUCUGUAUGAAGUGGAGGCUCCAGGGACCUGGACCCAAAGACGAAACAUCUGGCUUAACAUCCGGCUGGGCCAUUACUGCACCGAACUUGUGUGAAGUCCUUACAAUCUGAGCCAAAGAGGACUCCACCCCCACACACACACCCUGAGAAUUUAACCCUGCAACCCACACCGGUGGUCCGGACUCUGGACGUCGUGCCUACGCACCAACAUGCCACAACCAGCCACAGGCACAGUGGAGCCUCACAAUAAAAAUAAGAAGAAUAAAUGGCUUCAACUGUAAAACUGUUAACAUGCAAUAAAUGGAUGUUGUGUUCACUUA